CUAGAGAGCUCUUUUGUGUUCAUAUUCAUAGCACAACAAAUGAAAAAGGGGAGAUUUUUCUAGAUCUACUUCUUAUCUUUUGUUUUGGCAUUUAAAUAAAAAUUAAAAGUAGAGCUUAAAAAUGACUAUUCUUUUGCACUUCAAUCGAGCCAAACUGAAAAAGAGAUCUCUUCGCACACUCAAUAACACUAAAAUUACGAAAGGCCCAGUUCCUUCUUUGCUUCUAGUUCAUUACAACUUGUUUCUCCAUGAUCUCCUGAAGGAAGCCAACAGAGAGGCCAGAAAUGCUCGUGCUAAAAGUACUAAAGCUGAACAUGUCAAGGCUGUGGCAAAGAGAAUUUUGAAAAAGUACAGAAGAUGAUGGUUGUAAUAUACAAUAUAAAACACAAGUUGAGCUCAUGAAGGAUAAAAAUCAGCAGUUUUAUCUGUGUACAGCAAAAGAAAACUAAGAAUAUUACAUUUUCUUCUUUUCUUUUAAUAUUUUGUAUAUAGCUACAGCAAGUGUUAAAUUGAUCUGAAACUGAAUUCUGUAUUUUUUUUCUGCUACUGAUUAUUAUCUUGGAUAUAAAGAUUUUUAUUGUUACCCUUCUAAAAUUAAUCGUGACAUUCUAUUAUUCUAAUCAUGAACUUUUUGUCAAAAUUAGCAGCCAUUGAAUGAAAAAAAGUGUUUUAUCAUAAUUAUGGUGCAUUUAUGUAAAUACAAGUCUUUUUUAUUAAAUGAUUUACAGAUA